CACGGCUGAAUUGUACGUACCUUACUUAGGUACCUGCGAGAUACAGACACAAAAAGCCACUCACCACCACUUCAUCACUACUAUUCAAAAUGGGCAAAGUUCACGGUUCCCUUGCUCGUGCCGGCAAGGUCAAGUCUCAGACUCCCAAGGUUGAGCCCCAGGAGAAGCCCAAGACCCCCAAGGGCCGUGCUCACAAGCGCGAAAUCUACACUCGCCGUUUCGUGAACGUUGUCACAGGUCCUGGCGGCAAGCGCAAGAUGAACGCCAACCCCUCUGCUUGAAGGGCUUGUCUUUUGGAAUGUUCUUCAUUCGCAAAUAAGCAAGCAAGCAUCUCAUGGCGUCUCUGGGCGUUUACUGAUUCUACCUACGAGGGAAAUGGUCAUGGCCAUGGGCAUAUCGGGAACGCAGGAGCAUGUGUUGGACUUGGGUACUCAGUUCAUCCUCUACUAUAGGCUAGGUUUCCGGCGCAUAGGCGUUUUGAUGGAAUCUGAUGAUGCCCCCUUCUUCCAGCUAGGUACAAUAGGAAAAUCGAUUUGUCCUUUGGGCACUUAUUCAGAAA